AUGCAACCUAGCAAAUCAAGGGAGCUUCCAGAAAAGGAAAUCAUAAGCAAUGAAGUUGCCCUCCAUAACAAGCCUGACGAAGAUCUUGAGAAGUUAUGGGACCAAGCCGAGAAAAAUUUCGUCGCAGUGACGGGCAUCAGCCUCCGUAACAGGAUUGACCAGGAAAAGGACGAAAACGGGUUCCAAACCCAGAUCAGCGCCAAGGUGAACAAAAUACUCAAGGCGGGUUUAGCAGAAGUUGUCGUCGCUAAUCGGGGAGAACACCCUGAUAUCCGCAAACGAGACAAAAUCAGGAGCAUGUUCGAGAAAGCCAAAACCAUCUUCUUUGGGGUUUUCCGUGUGAUUUGGAAAUUCCAGGAGUUCCUCAUGCCUAUGGCCACGAGCAUUCCCUUUGUGGGGGCUGGGGUUACACUGUUGUCUAAAUCCAUCGAGUUACUCGUCGAAACGACUAAGAACUACCACGAGAUUUUCAUAAGCGCGGCAAAUCUCUUUGAACAGGUCGGUUUCUUCUCUAUGAGAUUCGACAUGGUUAUGGAAGCUCAGAAGGCUGGUGCAACAGUGCAUCCCAAAUUCGUUCAAUUCCUGAGUGUUAUCCUCAAGCACGUUGUCGAUUGCGUCGCUCUCUACGUCAAAUUGACACAGGACUCGGGGAAGGCGAAAGGCUUCAAAGAGAUUGCCAAAGUUACAAAGAUGUUCUUUGAGACAAUGGCAGGUGAUGAUCAAGGAGUGGACGCGCAUCUGACACAGUUGCGACAGCUUGUAGAAGAAGAGAACAAACUGUCUUCUGCGUUGGUCCUGUCAACGGUUCUCCAAAUACACACAAACGUCCUCACGGUUCGCGAAAGUGUCGGCACCAUUAUGCACACCAUGUUAGAACCAAGCAAGAUUGGAAAGCUGAAGGAGUGGCUCCACAUCGACAGCGAGCCCUGGACUUCUCGUUAUCGCGCAUGCGCUGACCAUCGUGUGCGUAAGACAGGAGAGUGGCUGUUGCAGCAUGAUCUUCUAACGGCUUGGAUUGCCUCUGAGAACGAAUCGCAAAUCCUUGCGCUCGAGGCUGCUUCCAGUACUGGCAAGACGUAUCUUGCCAUUGCUGCAAUCGAUCACCUCCAGAGACAUGCUAGAGACCACAAGUCCGCAGCUGUAGCUUACUAUCUACUUGAUCGUACAGCCGUUCUAUCAACUACCGGAAACGUCGUACGGGCAAUCUUGUUCCAGCUCUGUGUCCAGAAUGCCCAAUUCUUCAAGCUUGCCCAACCAAUAUUGGAGGAUUCGAAAAAUGACAAGGGCGAAGAUUUGUGGAACAGUAUUGUUCAGGAGGUAAUGCGGAAGAUACCGGACUUGACUUGCUAUAUAGUUCUUGACGGCUUGGACCUCAUGGAAGAGAAAGAAUCUGGGAGUUUGCGCGAUAUAUUGCAACGCUCUGGCCCGGCAAGCUCAAGAAUGCGCUUUCUACUCACAGGUAACAACACCUGGUUAAGCACCGUCACCGAGCACACUAGCAUCACAGCUGCCAGACUCUCGCUCCAUGAAGGGUAUCCCCAUUCAAAGGAUAUUGCAUUAGUCGCGAAUGACUUUCUUUCGAGAUGCGAUCUGUUUAGACAAGCACUUAAGAACGACGACUUCCAAGCAAACGUCAGUGAGCGACUCGUCCAGAUGGCUUCAGGUGAUUACUAUAUCCUGUCCUGGUAUACUUCAAGCAUGCGCCGUGCAUCAUCACGGUCUGAAGUCGAGCGAGUCAUGAUGAGAAACCAUCAGUCUCGUCAAGAUGUUGCUUUGCACGAUCUAUCUCGUCUAGCGAAGCAGCUACCAGAGAAAGAUUUGCUGCAGCUGAAGGAAACCCUCCAUUUGCUAGCGGCCCUGAACCAUCUGGGAGUCGCGAUGCCGCGAUUAGCGAUCGUUCAAGAUUUUGUCGCACGAGAUGGGGACCCUUCCACUGUGGUCAAGUCUACCAUAGAGUCUGCCUACUCUUGCCUGUUGACGAUAGACCAUCGCAACUACCUCACGUUUGCCGCAAUCGAGAUUGCGAAAUACCUGCUAGUCGAUCCUCGCAAGAAUUUGGUCGCGCAUGCGCUCUUACAAAAUGGCAGCCACGCUCAACUACGAGCUAUCCAACAGUUUCUGACUGCAACUUUCACCCCAGAGGCUCUAGAUGCACAUGGUUUCAAUAAAGAGUUCUUCGAGUCUAAGGAGAAACAAAGUUCUGCGCUGUCGCAAUUCAUCGUUGAUUGGGACACCGCGAUGGCAAAUACAGCGGUAUGCUUGAUUCAGAGUUUGGGAAACUUGAAAAAAAAUGUUAACGGUGACCGGAACGAACAGACAACCGCUAUGUCUGCAUUUGCUCGUGAUUUGCUACCAGAGAUCCUAUUUCGACUUCGGACAGUCCAGCUGAAUGCUGACGUGGGAGUCAAGCUAGGCAGGAACCUCGCAACACUUUUCCUCCAGGACGAUAUGUUGAACGUGUUUCUCCCUGUUGAAGCACAAGAGCAGACAAAUAAGAGCUGGGGCGCAAAUAAAGAAUAUUUCGAGGCAGCGUUCAAGUGCAUGGAGGCCGGGCUAAUUAAAUACAAGGCAUCGACACAUGUUUUGGGUUUGAAUUGGCCAGAUAUUAAAUGUGCCGAUGACUUGAGAAGGAUCACAAGUCAAAUGGUAGCGAGAAGAUGGUUGCAAAGCAAAUCCUUCUGGGCAAGAGCAACUAUCAGGCAUAUGUUCCAUUGGUUCACGACUACACCUGAGCUGGAACUGCAGCGUGAUACUUGGAAGAAAAGCUAUGAAGGUUACGACGACCAAAACUGCACCGACUGGUUUACGCCACCCAACUGGUUCAAAAUUUUGAGUUGGGUUAAGGCCGGGAAUGUUCAAAUAACCGACAAAGCCGAUCUCGACGUUCAUACCGCGGCAAUCUUAUGUGCGUUUGGCGAUCACACAAAUGCGCCAGACACAUUACUCUCUAAUCACAUCGGGACCGAUUGGCGGGCUGCAGUGUUGAUGGCUGAAGCGACGUCCUGGAAGGCUGAUUUUGGCAUGGAGAAAAGGGAAGCAUUUGACGCAGCGUAUGGCUUUUGCGAUCAAUCUCUGAUACUCAUGAAUAGCUGCAAGGCUGAGCCCCAGUCAGUGAUGAGGGCGAUCGACGACAUGCUCGAGUGGCAGUCGCAUUGGGAAGACAGUUUCAAAGAGAUGCUAUUCAGAGAGUCGGCAGUCAGCAUGUUCAAGAGCAACAAUGGUGACUCAUUGUCCUGCAAGAUGGUUUCUGAUACCUUAGGAAUCGCUGUUCGCGGAAGAGGCAUCGACGGUGGUUUUGACAUCUUUAUGUCCUUCUACAAGUCUUACCGGCACCGCCUAAUCAAAACAUUCGCUUACCAGGCUGACAAGCCUUGCAACAGCUUCAUGCAUAUUGCUUUGAGCAAUACCAUCGCCAACGAUGCAGACGGCGAUCGUCUAUCCACCUUAUGUAAGGUGUAUCGGGACUCACGCCGCAUGGGUGUAGACAAAAGUCGAUAUGAGGAAGCAGAAUGA